CCCAAAUGUUGAAAGUGUUGUAGUAACAUGGUUUUCAAAACAAGCGGCCGAAACUUUAUACGCUUCGUCCACCCUCACACCACUUUCCAAACAAACGCAACUCCUCCCCAGUCGCUGCUUAUAAACGCCACUUCCCGCCGCGUUCUCUUCUCAAAGAGAGAGAUGGUGACACUGAUCGUCGCCACCACCUACGACCCAGCAUCGAUCAACCCCGCGGCGGCGCUUCUCGCCAUGCCGGGAUGGACCGGACCCACCUUACCGCCGGACAUAAAGAGUUUCACCAACCAGCAGACGAGACUGAUCCAACACGAUAAAUCCAUAGUCAAGGAAGACGAUCUCGAUUCGCGGUGGGAAGAAGCAACCGGCGAAGUUGUAGACGAAGUCAUCUUCCUCAGCCGUCACACCGCCGCCUCCAACCGUCCUGCUCUCACUGUUCACCCCAUCGGAGUGCUUCACUUAAAGGAAGGAGAAUCGCCGCCGCACGGAGGAAAGGCGGGGUGGGCGGCGUUGACUAACCCUAGGAUUGGUCCGUGGCUGCGUCUUUUGAAGAAAAUGGCUGAAGCUCAUAGCUUGGUUCCUGAGUUUGAGAUAACAUUGGAAGGUACUCAUCAUGGACCUAUAACUAGUAAGCCAACCAUGUUCUUGGAGAUUGGUAGUACAGAGGAAUACUGGAAGAGACAAGACGCUGCUCAAGUCAUUGCUCUUUUAAUGUGGGAAGGACUUGGGCUUGGAGGCGGUGAAGCUGUAGGGAACUGGAACAGUGAAACUGGGAAGAAGAAAGUUCUUUUAGGGAUUGGAGGUGGACACUAUGCUCCUCGUCACAUGGAUGUGGUUUUGAAAGAUGAUAUUUGGGUAGGCCAUUUGCUCUCUGGUUACUCAUUGCUAAUGGAAGAACCACAGCCUGGAGAGAAUCACAUUGGUGGAACUUGGAGACAAUCGAUCCAAGCAGCUUUUGAAGCUACUAAAGCAUCAUUCCCAGGAGGCGAGAUCUUGGCUCAUCUUGAUCAAAAGAGCUUCAAAGGAUGGCAAAAGAAGGCGAUUACAGAGUUCUUGACAGAGCAGAACAUCAAUGUCGGGAGGCCAAACGAUUUCACAUGAACUGUUAGACCAUAAAACAUAUGAUCUCAGUUUUGGUUGAUUCAGAAUAUAUCAUUUGACGGCUUUAGAUUUAUUUUCAAUUGUUAUGAUAUAUCUUCAAAUUUACUUUUGUAAGAUAACCAUUUUCGUUUGGCUACUGUUGAACGAA